AUGGGGACUAUUACUACUGCUGGAUUCCACUUUUUAUUUCUCAUUCCCACAAUUGCAUUGCACGCCCAUGCAUCAUCUCAGGAGGCCCAUCUCACAGAAUUCCUCUUAUCUAGAAAAUCCAGAAGCAGCAGCGGCAACACAAUUAGUCAUCCUACUUUCCAUGGCGGAUCAGUUCCCGUAAUCACCAAUAGCCUCCGAACAGAUGAGUACCCCAGCUCCGACCACCGCACUCUAAAGGCGGCCGACAAGAUCUCGGCGCUGCCAGGGCAGCCGGACGGCGUCGACUUCGGCCAGUACGCCGGGUACAUCACCGUCGACGGCCACAACGGCCGUGCACUCUUCUACUACUUCGUGGAAGCGCCUAGCGACAAGGCGGCGAAGCCACUCCUCCUCUGGCUCAACGGAGGGCCUGGAUGCUCGUCGCUGGGCUUCGGAGCGAUGCGAGAGUUGGGUCCUUUCCGUGUGAACAGAGACAACCAAACCCUCAGUAGGAACAAACAUGCCUGGAACAACGAGGCAAACAUCAUCUUCCUGGAAUCACCCGCCGGCGUGGGAUUCUCCUACUCCAAUACGUCUUCUGAUUACGACAGGAUGGGGGAUCCACUAACAGCCGAGGACACCUACACCUUUCUCGUCAAUUGGCUUGAAAGGUUCCCCGAGUACAAGGCGCGCGCCCUCUACAUCGCCGGGGAGAGCUACGUUGGCCAUUACGUGCCCCAGCUCGCCGCCACCAUCUUAGCCCACAACAACAACACGGGCGUCAUGCUAAAUCUCAAGGGCAUCUUGGUCGGCAACCCGUUGCUGGACGUUGCGAAGAACAAGAGAAGGCGCUACGAGUACCUGUGGAACCACGGGGUGAUCUCCGACGAGGUCUGGGCCGAUAUCUCCAGCCACUGCAGCUUCAACGGCUCCUCCUAUGGUGGUAUGUGCCAUGAAGCUAUUAGUAAAUCCUACUAUACGCAUAGGGACCUCGACAUGUACAACAUAUACUCUCCCACCUGCAUCACCAGCGACAACGGCUCCUGCUACUCUAGCAGCCAAUUACCUGGGUACGAUCCGUGCGGUGAAGUGACUACCUUUGCCUACCUGAAUCGUCCCGCGGUGCAAAGGGCUCUGCACGCCAGAGAAACGAAAUGGCGUGGCUGCAACAGAAUCUUUAUAGGUUUCAAGGACUCGCCGGAUACCAUGGUGCCAACCUUGAAAUGGCUAAUCGACCACGGCCUGCCCAUAUGGCUGUUCAGCGGAGAUUUUGACUCUAUUUGUCCCUUCACCGGCACGAGGUACACGGUUCGCGACCUCAACCUGUCCGUCAUCGAGCCAUGGCGUCCAUGGACGACCGGCCACGAGGUAGGAGGCUAUGUUCAGCAGUACAUGGGAGGGUUCACGUUCGCUACCGUGAGAGGAGCAGGACACACGGUCCCGGCCUUGCAACCCGAGAGAGCGCUCAUACUGCUCCGGUCCUUUCUCAAAGGGAUCCUACCGCCUUACAAGAAGGCGUAG